AUGGCCAUGGAGGAGGAGGAGAUAUCUGGGAAGGAGUUGUUGAGGCUGGACAACUCUCUUGCGGAGGAGGAGGAUGCGGCGGUGGCCAGUCGACUCACCGACGACCUCAUCGUGGAGAUCCUGUCCCGGCUCCCCUUCCGGUCCGUCUGCCGUUUCAAGUGCGUCUCUAAGGCCUGGCGCGACCUCAUCGCCCACCCCGCCCACCGCAAGAAGCUGCCUCAGACCCUCGCCGGCGUCCUCUACACCACCAUCACCCGUGCCGACGGCGAACGCUACCACCUGGCCGGCCUCUCGGCCGAGGCCGAGGGUCUUGAUCUCGACACUUCACUCACGUUCCUGCCAGAUACGGAGUACAGGUACUUCGGGCUGGAGCGCGCCUUUAAUGGCCUCCUCCUCUGCUCCUACAGACCAGACGCCGAAACAGUCCGUUUAGUCGUCUGCAAUCCCGCCACCCGGAGGUGGACGGAGCUGCCCCCUCGCCUGCAGCCGCGGCCAAACACAUCCAUCUGGCUUUCGAUCCAGCAGUCCCGUCCCAUUUCCACGUUUUUGAUUUCGAGCGCAAUGUCAACCGGAGCGGAAUCACAGGAGCGAGCAUCUACUCGUCGAGAACCGGAGCCUGGAGCCUGGAGCCAGAGGGAUGCUGCUGGAUUGGUUGACGAAGUUUAUCUGACCCGUCACAAUGUCAUGGUUGGCGGUAUGCUGCACGUUGUCGGCAACCUGUCGGUGGUUGCCGACAGCAACGAUUGGUAUGACAAGACUGUGCUGGUGGCUGUGGACAUGGAGGGCAAGGUGUGGAAGACCAUCUCCGUGCCACGCGGCCAGAGCUAUGGGACAGUUGGGUGGUCACAGGGGUGCCUGCACUAUGCUGCUAUAUCUCCAGCUCCUCUCACCGUCGGGGAUGACGACGAUGAUGGUUCACUCAACAUGGCUGAAGAGGUAGCGAUAUGGCGCCUUGAGAAUUAUGACACCCAGCAAUGGGCCCUGAAGCACAGUUUCAGGAUCGAUAAUGUGCUGGACCUAGCUAAGCUGGGGUACAAGCUGGUUGGGUUCCAUCCCGAUCGUGACACCUUCUUUUUGGUCAGCAGUGGUCUUUAUGGCGGAGUUGCGCCUUCAUUGGUGUCGUGGGACAUGCGCCGCCGCCAAAUUGGUGAUUUCAUUGACCUCGAGGAAGGCAGUGGGGGGCCAUAUCUGCCUUAUGUUCCUCUCUUCUCAUCAGAGCCACUAGCAGAUGCAGGUGGGCACUAA